GGGCGGAGCCGCCGGCGGCGGGGCUGAGGCGGCCGUGGCGGCGGCGGCGGCAGCGGCGGCCAAGCGGCCAGGUUGGCGGCCGGGGCUCCGGGCCGCGCGAGGCCACGGCCACGCCGCGCCGCUGCGCACAACCAACGAGGCAGAGCGCCGCCCGGCGCGAGACUGCGGCCGAAGCGUGGGGCGCGCGUGCGGAGGACCAGGCGCGGCGCGGCUGCGGCUGAGAGUGGAGCCUUUCAGGCUGGCAUGGAGAGCUUAAGGGCGACUGAAGGAGACACACUGGCUAAGUGCGGAGUUCUGCUUACUUCGGUCCUGCUGUGAUACUCUCUCAGUCCACUCGCACCGAAGGAAGCUGCCUUGGGAUCAGAGCAGACAUAAAGCUAGAAAAAUUUCAAGAUGAAAUUGAAAUGGCCAAUGAGCACACGUUCAUUCACCCAGCGAGCAUUGAGGACCCCCUAGAGGCCAGGCCCAUGAGUGAUGAAGAUCCCGAGGAUGAAGACGCCUUGCCAGCCAGACAGAAACAGUCUCCGCCAGUCAAGAAACCCUCAAAAGUAUUUUGCCAUGGAUAUAGAAGAUGAAGAAAACAUGAGUUCCAGCAGCACUGAUGUGAAGGAAAACCGCAAUCUGGACAACGUGUCCCCCAAGGAUGGCAGCACACCUGGGCCUGGCGAGGGCUCUCAGCUCUCCAAUGGGGGUGGUGGUGGCCCCGGCAGAAAGCGGCCCCUGGAGGAGGGCAGCAAUGGCCACUCCAAGUACCGCCUGAAGAAAAGGAGGAAAACACCAGGGCCCGUCCUCCCCAAGAACGCCCUGAUGCAGCUGAAUGAGAUCAAGCCUGGUUUGCAGUACACACUCCUGUCCCAGACUGGGCCUGUGCACGCGCCUUUGUUUGUCAUGUCUGUGGAGGUGAAUGGCCAGGUUUUUGAGGGCUCUGGUCCCACAAAGAAAAAGGCAAAACUCCAUGCUGCUGAGAAGGCCUUGAGGUCUUUCGUUCAGUUUCCUAAUGCCUCUGAGGCCCACCUGGCCAUGGGGAGGACCCUGUCUGUCAACACGGACUUCACAUCUGACCAGGCCGACUUCCCUGACAUGCUCUUCAAUGGUUUUGAAACUCCUGACAAGGCGGAGCCUCCCUUUUACGUGGGCUCCAAUGGGGAUGACUCCUUCAGUUCCAGCGGGGACCUCAGCUUGUCUGCUUCCCCGGUGCCUGCCAGCCUAGCCCAGCCUCCUCUCCCUGUCUUACCACCAUUCCCACCCCCGAGUGGGAAGAAUCCCGUGAUGAUCUUGAACGAACUGCGCCCAGGACUCAAGUAUGACUUCCUCUCUGAGAGCGGGGAGAGCCAUGCCAAGAGCUUCGUCAUGUCUGUGGUCGUGGAUGGUCAGUUCUUUGAAGGCUCGGGGAGAAACAAGAAGCUUGCCAAGGCCCGGGCUGCGCAGUCUGCCCUGGCCACCAUUUUUAACUUGCACUUGGAUCAGACGCCAUCUCGCCAGCCUAUUCCCAGUGAGGGUCUUCAGCUGCAUUUACCGCAGGUUUUAGCUGACGCUGUCUCACGCCUGGUCCUGGGUAAGUUUGGUGACCUGACCGACAACUUCUCCUCCCCUCACGCUCGCAGAAAAGUGCUGGCUGGAGUUGUCAUGACAACAGGCACAGAUGUUAAAGAUGCCAAGGUGAUAAGUGUUUCUACGGGAACAAAAUGUAUUAAUGGUGAAUACAUGAGUGACCGUGGCCUUGCAUUAAAUGACUGCCAUGCAGAGAUAAUAUCUCGGAGAUCCUUGCUCAGAUUUCUUUAUACACAACUUGAGCUUUACUUAAAUAACAAAGAUGAUCAAAAAAGAUCCAUCUUUCAGAAAUCAGAGCGAGGGGGGUUUAGGCUGAAGGAGAAUGUCCAGUUUCAUCUGUACAUCAGCACCUCUCCCUGUGGAGAUGCCAGAAUCUUCUCACCACAUGAGCCAAUCCUGGAAGGGUCUCGCUCUUACACCCAGGCUGGAGUGCAGUGGUGCAAUCAUGGCUCACUGCAGCCUCGACCUCCUGGGCUCUUAAGCGAUCCUUCCACCUCAACCUUCCAAGGAGCUGGGACUACAGAACCAGCAGAUAGACACCCAAAUCGUAAAGCAAGAGGACAGCUACGGACCAAAAUAGAGUCUGGUGAGGGGACGAUUCCAGUGCGCUCCAAUGCGAGCAUCCAAACGUGGGACGGGGUGCUGCAAGGGGAGCGGCUGCUCACCAUGUCCUGCAGUGACAAGAUUGCACGCUGGAACGUGGUGGGCAUCCAGGGAUCCCUGCUCAGCAUUUUCGUGGAGCCCAUUUACUUCUCGAGCAUCAUCCUGGGCAGCCUUUACCACGGGGACCACCUUUCCAGGGCCAUGUACCAGCGGAUCUCCAACAUAGAGGACCUGCCACCUCUCUACACCCUCAACAAGCCUUUGCUCAGUGGCAUCAGCAAUGCAGAAGCACGGCAGCCAGGGAAGGCCCCCAACUUCAGUGUCAACUGGACGGUAGGCGACUCCGCUAUUGAGGUCAUCAACGCCACGACUGGGAAGGAUGAGCUGGGCCGCGCGUCCCGCCUGUGUAAGCACGCGUUGUACUGUCGCUGGAUGCGUGUGCACGGCAAGGUUCCCUCCCACUUACUACGCUCAAAGAUUACCAAGCCCAACGUGUACCAUGAGUCCAAGCUGGCGGCAAAGGAGUACCAGGCCGCCAAGGCGCGUCUGUUCACAGCCUUCAUCAAGGCGGGGCUGGGGGCCUGGGUGGAGAAGCCCACCGAGCAGGACCAGUUCUCACUCACGCCCUGACCCGGGCAGACAUGAUGGGGGGUGCAGGGGGCUGUGGGCAUCCAGCGUCGUCCUCCAGAACCUCACAUCUGAACUGGGGGCAGGUGCAUACCUUGGGGAGGGAGUAGGGGGACACAGGGGACCACCAGGUGUCCACGGUUGUCCCCAGCAUCUCACAUCAGACCUGGGGCAGGUGCGCAGUGUGGGGAGGGGAUGGGGUGCGUCAGGGCCCAGCAUCGCCGCCUGGCAUCUCUCUGCCACAGCAUUUCCCCUUCUAAACCGUCCAGUGACUGCUUUCAAUCUCGGUUUACGUUUAGAAAUUGAGUUCUACUGAGUAGGGCUUCCUUAAGUUUAGGAAAAUAGAAAUUACUUUGUGUGAAAUUCUUGAAUAAAUAAUUUAUUCAGAGCUAGGAAUGUGGUUUAUAAAAUAAGAAGUAAUUGUGUCAGGUCACUUUUAUGCCACAUUAUUUUAAUUGCAAAAAAGCAUCUAUAUAUGGAGGAGGGUGGGAAAAUAGAGGUAGGAAAUAGUAGCCUAAAGGAAAUCGCCACACGUCUGUCUAAACUUAGGUCUCUUUUCUCCGUAGGUACCUCCCUGGGUAGUUCCACACACUAGGUUGUAACAGUCUCUCCCUGAGGAGCAGACUCCCAGCAUGGUGUAGCGUGGCCCUGUCACGCACAUGGGGUCCCGCAGCAGUGACUAUGUGUCCUGCAGAGGCGUGACCCAGGCCCCUGUAGCCCUCAGCCUCCUCUAGAAGCUUCUGUACUCCUUGUAGGAUCAGAUCAUGGAAAACUUUUCUCAGUUUACUUCUAAGUAAUCACAGAUAAAACAUGGCCAGUAACCCCGGGCUGGCCAUUCAUUCAGGUUUUUUAAAGGAUAUUUAACUUUUAUGGACUAGAAGGAAUCACGAGGGCUACUGCACAAUACAUGGCCUAAGUUCCCUCUGUUCCUUCCUCUGAAUCGAAUGGAUGUGGGUGGCCGCCCAAAGGCCUUCACAGGAUGGAAGUAGAAUGCUUUCAGUAGAUACUCAUUCUUGGAAAAUGCCAUAGUUUUAAAUUAUUGUUUGCAGCUUUAUCAAAGACAUGUUUGAAAAAUAAAAAGCAUCCAAGUGAGAGCUGGUGAGACCACGUGCUGCUGGCCUAGUGUAGACCAGACAUUGACAGUCCUGACAGGGGAGCUCAGGGCUGCCCAGCACCCAGAGUGCACGGGACGGCCCCACGACAGAGGCGGCCAGCCCAGGAGGUCAGGAGCGCGGCGGGCGAGGGCCCUGUGUGGAUCACCUCCACCAAGCCCAGAGAUUUGCACCAGGUGCCUUGUUGCCUCCGUUCAGGAUGGAAGAGGAGCUGAGAGAAGUGCUCUGCCUGCCAGAGCAGUGCCCAGCUCCAAGGCUCUAGAGCGUUCUCAGGUGGGUCUCCUAGGGCCAUGGGGAGAGAUUGGUGCAGACCUUACCCCACAGCAUACACCUGCCACAGCGAAAGCCAGGGUGUUGGCACCUGUGUGUCCGUGAUGAGCCUAGGAAACCAGAGCAGGGGCAGAGGGGCGUCAUCCUCCCACCAGACGCUGGGAGCUCAGACCCCAAAACUGAAACACCAUGGCUUUGGCGGGGGGCGUGCCUCCAGAUGUCGGGAGCCCCAUCCACGUGUGUCCACACAGAUCUCGUCGCAGCGCGGCAGGAAGGGGUGCUGCUUAGGGCACAUUGUUGGGGACGUGACCGGGUUCAGCGGCUAGAACAUCUGCCCCACAGCAGCCUCCUCCUCCACCGAAGAGGGUAGUUGUCUCCCUGAAGCAGUCACAGCGGGCAUCUCAGCCGCUCCGUCACCACAGUGGGGUUUUGUUCAGGCAGAUCGUGCUGGGGUUCUGCACCUGCAGAAGGAGAGGGGUCUGUUGUCGCUAGCCUUCCCCCAAGCAGGCUCUUGCACACUCUAGAAAAAACACCUUGUAAGUCUGUGCAUUUUUAUUGUCUUGAUAAAUUGUAUUUUUUUCUAAUGGGGAUUGGGAGAUGGACUUAGUUUUUAAAAAUAUGUGGAUUUUGGUUACCAAGUUUAGUGUUAAUAUAUUCCAUAUACAUGCAAAACUACCCGGUAUGUCUGGCUUUUCCCUUCUGUCAGGUAAUAGCUAAAGUCAGCAUGACUGCUCCCUGUACCACCCCGAAUAAGUGAGUGCCUCACCUUGUGGGGCCUGAGCAGCUGCCUUGAGACCAUGUGAGGUGGCACCUUUCCGGGGUGGACUCGUGCGGCCUUGAGGAGAGGCACAGGGCACUCUAUCCCAAGCCGUCCAGGCAGGAGGAAGGCAGCCAAGGCAACUGGGUUCUGGGAGCCCUGGGCGGGGCGGCUGUGGGGAGGAACUGGGUUCGGGGAGCCCUGUCCGGAGGGGGGAGCUGUGGGUGGGGGAACUGGGUUCGGGGAGCCCUGGGCGGGGCGGCUGUCGGGGGGAACUGGGUUCCGGGAGCCCUGGGCGGGGUGGCUGCGAGGGGGCGGAACUGGGUUCGGGGAGCCCUGGGCGGGGCGGCUGUUCGGGGGAACUGGGUUCGGGGAGCCCUGGGCGGGGUGGCUGUUGGGGGGAGCUGGGUUCGGGGAGCCCUGGGCUGGGCGGCUGUUGGGGGGAACUGGGUUCGGGGAGCCCUGGGCGGGGUGGCUGCGAGGGGGCGGCUGUGGGGAGGAACUGGGUUCGGGGAGCCCUGGGCGGGGCGGGGGGCGACUGUAGGAAGGAACUGGGUUCAGGGAGCCCUGGGCGGGGCGGCUGUGAGGAGGAAGGUGAUGUGCAAGGGACCAGAGGCUCUGCACUGCUCCUAGGACAGCUCAUCUGUAAUCAGAAAAUAAAUAAAUAAAAUACAGAAUGCUGACUCCUCCCUGAGACAGAUCAGGGAACUUAGCACUUUAAUCCCUCCCUUCUGAGCGCUCGGUGUGCAUUAGACUAUAGCUGUUUCAUUGACGUGUCAUUUUGCAUCCAGUGUCCUUGAUGUGGGUUUUAGAGACUUAGCAGAAAAUUCGACACAAGCAGGAACUUGAUUUUUUAAGAAAAAAUAUUACAUUUUGAGGACAUUUUGACAAGUAGGGAAAGAGAGGGCUUCUGUUUUGUUUUGUUUUGUUAACUAAACCUGAAGUAUUAAUUCCACAAAGACACUGUCCCUCAGGACCACUCAGGUACAGCUCUGCCAGGGACAGAGUCCUGCUAGUGGGAGGUCUCAGGUGGGGCGGUGUGUUCUGUGCCAUGAGGCAGCGACAGGUCUAGAUGGAUGUCGUCACCACCUUCCUCAGCUCUCAUCACCUGGUCCUACGCCAGGCCCACCUCUUCCCAGCAAGGGACGCCAAAGAACUGCAGUUUUUAUUCUGAGUCUUAAUUUAACUUUUCAUCAUCUUUUCCUAUUUUGGAGAAUUUUUUGUAAUUAAAAGCAAUUAUUUUAAAAUGUGCAAGCCAGUAUCUCACAAGGCAUGGAUUUCUGUGGAAUUUAUUUUUAUUCAAAUAACCAUAUUUAUCUCCAGGCUGUGGAAUCGCCACUUUCUUUGUGAAGACAGUGUCUCUCCUUGUAAUCUCACACAGGUACACUGAGGAGGGGACGGCUCCGUCUUCACAUUGUGCACAGAUCUGAGGAUGGGAUUAGCGAAGCUGUGGACUGCACAUCCGGACCUGCCCAUGUCUCAAAACAAACACAUGUACAGUGGCUCUUUUUCUUUCUCAAACACUUUACCCCAGAAGCAGGUGGUCUGCCCCAGGCAUAAAGAAGGAAAAUUGGCCAUCUUUCCCACCUCUAAAUUCUGUAAAAUUAUAGACUUGCUCAAAAGAUUCCUUUUUAUCAUCCCCACGCUGUGUAAGUGGAAAGGGCAUUGUGUUCCGUGUGUGUCCAGUUUACAGCGUCUCUGCCCCCUAGCGUGUUUUGUGACAAUCUCCCUGGGUGAGGAGUGGGUACACCCAGCCCCGAGGCCAGUGGUUGCUUGGGGCCUUCCGUGUGAGUUCUAGUGUUCACUUGAUGCCGGGGAAUAGAAUUAGAGAAAACUCUGACCUGCCGGGUUCCAGGGACGGGUGGAGGUGGAUGGCAGGUCCGACUCGACCGUGACUUAGUUGUAAGGGUGUGUCGGCUUUUUCAGUCUCGUGUGAAAAUCCUCCUGUCUCUGGCAGCACCGUCUGCACUUUCUUGUUUACUGUUUGAAGGGACGAGUACCAAGCCACAAGAACACUUCCUUUGGCCACAGCAUAAGCUGAUGGUAUGUAAGGAGCCGAUGGGCCAUGAAACAUGAACUGAACGGUUGAAAGCACAGUCUGUGGAACGCUAAUGCAGUCAGCCCCUAAAGCUGUUUGCUUUUUCAGGCUUUGGAUUACAUGCUUUUAAUUUGAUUUUAGAAUCUGGACACUUUCUAUGAAUGUAAUUCGGCUGAGAAACAUGUUGCUAACAUGCAAUCCUCAGUGUUCUCUGUAUGUAGAUCUGUGUAUACACCACACGUUACAACUGCAUGAGCUUCCUCUCGCACAAGACCAGCUGGAACUGAGCAUGAGACGCUGUCAAAUACAGACAAAGGAUUUGAGAUGCUCUCAAUAAAAAGAAAAUGUUUCACUA